AUGUCGUCGAUCAGAAUCAUUCUUGUUUUUCUUCUGUUUAGUUAUGGAGACUGGAUGUUAACUGAAGCAGAUCCAGCUUCCAUUGCCAAGCAAAUCUCGGUACCAGGAGAUUAUGGAAAAAUCCAAGAUGCCAUUGAUCAAGGUGUUCCUAGUUUCAGUAACCAAUGGACUUUGAUUAAACUUGCCUCUGGGGUUUACACUGAGACUAUCUUAAUUAAUGGCAUUAAGUCGAAUAUUAUUUUGGAGGGUGGUGGUAAGGAUAACACUAUUCUUACUUGGAAGUCUUCUGGUCUACAACUAAGAGAGGCUCCCUUGAUGUUAAAAGGUGCAAACAAUUUCAUUGCAAAAGGCAUAACUUUCAAGAACACACUGAAUCAUGAAGAACUCGCACACCUCCAAGACAAAGACAAUGGCGGUGCUUAUCGUGCUGUUGCUGCCAUGGUACAUGGAGAGCAUAUUUCAUUCUAUGAGUGUGGAUUUGUUAGUGUGCAAGAUACAUUGUGGGACAAAGAAGGUCACCAUCUUUUCAAAUCUUGCUACAUUGAGGGCCACGUAGACUUCAUCUUUGGCGACGGCACUUCGGUUUAUGAGGAUUGCAAACUAAACUCAAUUGGCUCUGGUUACAUAACUGCACAGAAGAGAGAAAGCCCUCAAGCAGAAUCUGGUUUUGUGUUCAAAUCUGCAGAACUAUAUGGGGUUGGUCCAACAUAUCUUGGUAGGGCAUAUGGACCUUAUUCAAGGGUAUUGUUCUAUCAAUCGAAAUUUGCAAACAUUGUGAGACCAGAGGGAUGGGAUAGUAUUGGAGAAGACCCGAACCAACUAACUUAUGCGGAGGUAGAGUGUACCGGCGAAGGGGCGGAUACUUCAAAACGAGUUCCUUGGUUAAAGAAACUUGACGGAACUCAAGAGCUACAAUAUCUUCUUAGCCCAUCUUUCAAUGACAAGGAUGGAUGGAUAGAAGACCAACCCACAUUUUAUUGA